AAAAAAUAAAAAACCCAUCUUUAAAACGUUUCUUCACUCUUGAACCUCUCCCUGUUUCCCACAGAAAUCAACACAACAACGACGAAAGCCUUCAAAGAAAUUUCCUCUCCUUUGCUUUGCAUACAAGUUAAUUCAAGCUUCAAUCACAAUCUUUAUUUUUGGUUUUAUUUUUAAUCUCUUUGUUCAGUACAAACAAAGGCUUAAAAAUCUUAAACUUUUUACUUCCCCCUUUCGGUAAUAUCCCCAGAGAACUAAUUUUACUGUUUCGAUUUGGGGUCAGUCUGUUUUCUUUUUUCAGGGAAAAUGGCUUCUGGGUUAUCGGGUCGGGGCAAUUCGGGUGGUUCCAAAGGGUUCGAUUUUGGGUCCGAUGAUAUUCUUUGCUCUUAUGAGGACUACGGAAACCAGGAAUCGUCUAAUGGUAGCCACGCUGAAACCUCUAUCGGUACUACUACCAGAAGCUCCAGCAAGGAUUUUCACAAAGGCAGAGUGGCACGAUCAAUGUUCCCACCUAAUGCAUACAGUCAACCAGAUGAUUCAUACUUGGAUGUGACUGCUACUGUUGAGAAGACCAUGAAAAAACAUGUGGACAACCUCAUGCGCUUUCUUGAGGGAAUAAGUUCACGACUGUCACAGUUGGAGUUAUAUUGCUACAAUCUUGAUAAAUCAAUUGGAGAAAUGCGAUCUGAUUUAGUUCGUGAUAAUGAAGAUGCAGAUUCAAAGCUUAAAUCUAUCGAGAAACAUCUUCAAGAGGUCCACAGGUCUGUGCAAAUACUAAGAGAUAAGCAGGAGCUAGCUGAGACUCAAAAGGAGUUGGCUAAAUUACAACUUGUUCACAAGGAUUCUACUUCUUCCGGUCACUCACAAUCCACUGAGGAGAAGGCAUUACCAGCUGCCUCUGAUUCUAAAAAGACUGACCACACAUAUGAGAUGCAAAACCAGCAAUUAGCCCUUGCACUUCCACAGCAAGUUGCACCACCGCAACAGCCUGUGGUGCCGCACUCUCAAGCUCAACCUCAGAACUCGACCCAACAAUCCUAUUAUCUACCUUCAAACCAGUUAUCCAACCCCCAUGCUCCAGCUCCAGCUCCCGCUCCUGCUCCAGUCCAUGUUCCAGCCCAAGCCCAAGCCCCUGCACCACCUCCACUUCCAGCUCCAGCACCAACCCAACACACUCAAAGUCAAUAUUUGCCACCUGAUCAACAAUAUCAAACUCCUCAUAUCCAAGACAUGUCUAGGAUGCCACCACAGCCUACGCAGACCCAUCAGGUACCACCUGUCCAAUCAUUCCCUCAGUAUCCACAACAGUGGCCACAGCAGUUACCACAGCAAGUUCAACAGCAGCAGCAGUCCUCUAUGCAACCACAGAUGAGGCCUCCUUCCACACCAGCUUACCCUCCCUAUCCUCCCACACAAUCAUCAAACCCAUCUCAUCCCGAUACAUUACCACACAGCAACCCUAUGCAGGUUCCAUAUUCUGGAGUUCCUCAACCCGUGCAUAGUCGCUCUGAUUCCAAUCCGUAUGUAUACGGAGUGCCUGGCAGAACACCUCCCCAGCAAAUCAAGGGUACUUUUGAAGGACAACCAAGGGAUGGGUAUCAGGCUUCUGGCUCCCAUCCCCCUCUUCCUCCAGGAACUGCAUACAUGAUGUAUGAUAGUGAAGGGGGUAGAACAGAUCACCCGUCCCAACAGCCUCACUUCUCACAGGGUGGGUAUCCCCCUGCUAAUGUUUCUCUUCAGACUGCUCAACCUGGUGUUAGAAACUCCGGCCAUCCACAGUAUGUUCGAAACCAUGCUUACAAUGAUCUGAUUGAGAAAUUAGUGAGCAUGGGUUUCAGGGGUGACCAUGUUGCCAGUGUGAUUCAGAGGAUGGAGGAGAGUGGACAGCAGGUGGAUUUUAAUGCGGUGCUUGAUAGGCUGAAUGUGCAUUCCUCUGGUGGUUCGCAGAGAGGAGGAUGGUAAAUGCCAUUUGCAUGGUUGAAUCGAUCACGAAUAUUAUUUGAAUAAAAGGCUCGCUUUCGU